ACGUCAUUCCCGCGGAAAUUCGGAUUCGGUCGGUCGUAUAGUCGCGGCUCGCGAGUGCGGCACUUUUCUAACGGAACAUCUAACUUUGUGUUUGUGCGUUCGCCAGUGUGUGUAUGUGAGUGUUGUCAAUAAAGAUAUGCUACAAUUUACGCAGCAACUAAUGCUCAAAUAGAGAAAAUAUUCAUAUUAAUACCAAGUGUCGAAGAAAAACAAGGAAUAAAAACAGAAUUGGACCAUAUUUCGGAGAUUAUUAUUGAAGACUUCAUGAAACUAGAAAAUCGCAGCAGCAGCAGCAGCACCGUUGGCCAUAACAAAUUGAAGGCAACCAAACGGAACCAACUUUGAGGCAAAAGUGCGUUACGGUUCCGCCAAUUAAUAUCGAUGAUACAGCAGCAAAUCAGCGUCAAUCAAGGUGUGGGAAAACAACACGAAUUUCCACAAAUAUGCGCCGGCAAAUAAAAUCGUCGGACGCUAUAAUGAGCCAUAUCAGCGAACAAAUAUUAUACACGCCGCCAGUGACUGGAAUGGGAAAUGGCCAAAACAAUGAGCAGCAGCAGCAUCAUGAUCAUCAUCAUCAGCUAGAACAGCAACAGCAGCAGCAACAGCAGCACUUGAGUAAAUAGAAAAUCAGUGUUUCAGAAUCAAUACAAAAUCAAUAUAAAUAGUGCGGAGCGAUAGACAGAAAUUGAUUGUCAACAUUAUUUGCCGCUGUCGUCGCGUAUAGCGAUAAAAACCCCGAGUAGCGGCAACAAAAGUUAACGCGCGCGAAGCAUUGAAAGCCAAACAAAGGCACACAAAUCCCCCAGCAAAAAUGGGUGGCAAGCACCAGGGAUCUAUGGCGGGAGUCUCCUCUUCAGGCGGUGGCAGUCUCAACUCUAGCCUGUGCAACUCAGUGAUGACGAGUGCUACCACGGCCAGCAGCAGUCUUACCCAGCAACAGCAGCAGCUUCAGGCAAAGUACAUCAAGUCGAAACGCCACCAGAGCCGCUAUACCAGUUUGCAGCAUUCUGGCCACGACUCUGGCAGCUAUCUGCACCUUAACUCUUUGUGGUCCAUUUGGUAUGGAGUACUGCUUACUCUGUUCCAGGGCUACUUGGCCAUGCAUGGGGCCUACAGGUUCCUAGGCUGUUCACUGAUACCAUGGAAAAUCGAGCCUGUGGCCGAGCUGAAUCUGCAGAUUGUGCUCUCCGGAGUGGUUUUCAUCCUGCUGCCGGUCUUUUUCACUUCGGCCGUAUUCAAGGUUGGGAACUUGGCAAACGAUGGUAUUAAAUUGGCCACCGGGGCCAGGGAGCGGCGCUGCACGCUCUCACCGCACGAUGGCCUGGAGGAGGAGUCACGGGGCGGUACCCUUCGGGCCCUUUGGACACAUGGUGGACCCACGGCGGCUUUCGUUCAUAUCCUGAUUGCCUUGUGCCUGCUGUUGCCGAGAUUACUGCUGGAGGCUCGCAUCAUUGAGAAUGGAUUGCUGCCAAAAGAGCAAAUUUGGGCCACUGAAUUGGACUUUGUUGUGAUCAAUCGACGCAAUUUGAUGGCCAUGUCGGUGGUGGGGGCCACACCCUUCCCCAGACAGCAUCAACAGCAGCAGCAGCAGCACCACCAGCAUCACAACAGACUGAACCUGACCGCAAACAGCUUGGAACAGGACGAGGAGGACUACUUCAACGAUACCAUGUUCACGGCCAUCCGUGGAGUGCCAGCCGGAGGCAAUAACAAUUUGUUCGACCUGCGACCCGAUAAGGCAAGUGGCAGAAAGGCGGCCAAGACGACGGCAACAACGAAGACAACAACCACCAUUACCAGCACCAGACUGGAUGCGGGCAAAGGCCAAUACUUUGAAGUGCCCGAUUUAAUUAAUCAAGAUAUUGACGAAGAGGAGCGACGCGAGCUAGAGGAAGCGAUUCGGGGAGAGGAUGAGGAUGAUGUGGGUGUCGGUGAAGAGGGAACCGUCAUCAUGCCAGAUUUCGACGAGUUGCCGCCAAGAACCGCAGUUGGCACGACAACCACAGUCGCCGAUGCUGGCAAGUUGAAUGUGGAAAAUUGGCAGAAGCUCGGUACCCUGGGCAAAGAGACCACAUCAACAAGCUCUAGUACAACGCCAUCUACAACCACUACUACAACUACCACUACAACAACAUCGACCACGGCUGCAACGACAAGUAGUAGUAGUAGCACCACCACCACGACGACUAUUAAACCAGUUGAGAUGGCAACCAGCAGGCAACCACAUCACCAUCAUGGAAAACCACGCAAGCACCACAAACAUCACAACAAACAGCGGCAACAGCAACAGCAGCAGCAACAACCGAGACGCCAUCACGUCGCCUCCCAUGAGCAGGCGAUCCUCGAGAGCUUCCAGGAGGAGGAGACCACCACUCGCGAUAGUAGCAUCCAUCGAGUAAAACCUGAAGUUCUGCCGGAAUUACCCAUUCCCUCAACUCCCGUUUCGGCAUCCAAUUCUAAGAUCAUUGCCAUUAAGCCAAAGAACCAGAAGCGAAGGAUUUCCAAAAGAGCAGCCGGAGUCGAAAUCGAACCGGAAUAUUUGCUCGGUGAUGCCAAUAUAAAUUCCAGUGAAUUUGUGGCCAAAUCCAAUGAGGAGGAGCCGGAGGAAACCGAGGAUUUCGAGCUGGAGGAUGGUGAUUUUCAGGCAGUUCCCGCCUUGACUCCUGCACCACCCGCAUCACCAAAUGGCCCGAAGUCCGGGCAGGAUUACGUCCGGUUGGAUGGCUUUGCCGGAAUGCUGCAACUCUUCUUUGGCAUUGAUAAGCCCAUCGAUGUGGCCAUUUUCUCCCACCCACCCAGUGCAGAGUUUGUGAACCUUCUGUGCGCCCUGCUGGUCUGGUCUGUCCGUUAUCCGGCCGUUUUUUGGAAUACCUCCAAGGCUUUUGCCUGUGUGUUUAGUCUCCAGAUGGUUGUGGCUGCCUUGGACAUUAUCCUCGGCUAUGUGGGCGUGUCGAAUCUGUACAAGUUGCAAAUCUACGCCGAGGCCAUGCCAGUCCAUCAGCCUGGCCUUAUCCUGAAUGCAGUUGUCACCUUGGCUUUGUAUCUUUUGGCCACCGCUCUGGUGGUUGCCUCCUCGAUGGUCAUGUAUUUGUACGGACAUGGACGUCUGGCCACGCGGAUGCGGGAUCGCUCAAUUAUCACACUGAAGAGUCAUCAGACAUGGAUUUACUUUGCCCACUGCGCCUCCUUGUGCUUUGUCCUGGCUUUGGCGGUGGUGAAGGCGCCGCUACUCAACGAUCUCAGUGCCACCUACAAGAAUAAUCUGCACUGUCCAACGUUUUUGGCGGCUCUUGUUGGGGUGACGCACCUUUUGCUUUGGAUUGUCAUCUGGUUGUGCCUCACCAUCAAGCGACGAUGGCACUUUAAACUGCCGCCAUUGGACAGCACUUAUGGCGGAUUGCUUGGCAAGGCCAGUGCCCAGCCACUGUUGAUGUCCAGUGGCCAGAGGACGGGUAGCAAUUCGAGCAGCAGCGGCUGCAACUCCACUAGCACUACAGUGAAUGGAGGUGAUUCUUCCAAGCCGGACAUGAUGAGCACGGCGACCAGCACGGAGAUGGGAAUGGGUGGGGUUCAUAAUGGGGGCAUGGGUGGAACGGGCAUGGGACUAGCCGCCCAGGAGGAUAUCUAUUGGCCCAAACUGACGCCCAGUUCGCCCAAGCUGAAGGUCACCUUCAACGAAGUUACGAGUACGUCUGAUGAUGUCCUACUAAUUGGUGACCAAGAACAAACUGAUGGCAAGCGCCAUACGAGCCGUGGAGCCUCGAUAUGUUUUGCCAGUGCUACGGGGGAAGUUGACGACGGCGAGUACGCGACACUAAGAUCAGCAACCGUUGGAGCCGUCGUGGGCAUCACCAUGGGCAGCAUGAAGAGGGGCGUUAGCAACACUUCGGUGGGGGUCAGUCUGCUCCAUCUCUCGGAGUAUGAUGAACUUCCACCGCCGCCGCCGGCCAACCAUCAUCAUCAGCAGCAGCUGCAACAGCAACUGCAUCAGCAACAGCAGCAACGGCAGGCCCAUUCAUUUGCCCAUGGACAUCCCCACGACUAUGCGUAUCUAAGCGGAUUGGGUGGCAUCAGCGACGACAACAUCUCCGAGGAGGGUAAACUGUUGGCCUGUGUGCGCGACGACAGCAUCACAUACGCCUCCACUAGGGAUCUGGAGCCACCACAGCCAUCGUCGGCACACGCUCAGGCACAACCACCACCACCUCCACCGUUGCCCAUGAAGGGAGCCCCAGUACCUCAGCCACCAGCGGUACUGCCACACAAUGCCGGCAUCUACGGACGGGCUCCUCAAGCAAUGCCCGAGAUGAUGCAAUUGUCGCCCGAGCAUCACCACAAUCCACUUCAGCAUUCUCUGCAGCAUCCUCUCCAGCAAAAGCAGCAGCAGCAGCCACCACAGCAUCCACUCCAGCAACAGGGCAAUCCGCACCAGCAUCUAGUAAGUCCCUUGGCUCCGGUCACGGUCGCAGUUCACACCAACGAAGCGCAUAUCUCCUCCAGUUCCACACCCCGUUGCCUGCGUCGCGCCGAUUCGGGCGUUCCCAACGAGGCGUUGACGCCCCGCAGUGACACAACCUCCACCACCGAAAGCACCAACACCACCUCACCACCGGAGCGCGCCCCAUCCGAGUCCUCUAGUGGCGUCCACUCUGGCGAAGAGCGUGAACUGGAGGUCAUAAUACGACCGCGGGCUAACAGUAAGCCACCGCCACGACCUCCACAGCCGCCCAUCCAGGAGGAGCCCUACGGCCGUUGUACCAACAUGCGUAUGUCCAGCUUCAAUGCGGAUCCCUCUGCCAUCUCGUCGUCGGUCAUCAAUAGUGCCACGUUGCCGAUGCAGCGUUCGGUGCCGGAGCAAAAGUUCGACUAUACGGCUCACUGCAGCACGAUGCCACUGCCGGUGGGCUGCCACAGCCAGCAGCUUGCCGGGAGUGGCAAUGGUUAUGCCUCAACCUCGGCGAUGACCAGUUCGAUGGGUGGCGGUGGAAUGCCACCACUGCCUCCGUCACAGGUGUCGAGCUUCAUGUCGCCCAACAGCAUGCACUAUGCCAAUGCCUCGGUGGCCCUGGGAAAUAGCAAUGGUCAGCAACAGCCGCACACCACUCUGCCAAACGGCGUACGCUACUCUAAUCCGCACUUCCUUCGACGCCUGCCGCAUGUGACCAAGGCAGCGGAGUCACCCUACGGACACCUGGGCUAUGGAGCAGGACAUCAUGCCUUCGCCAAACUGCCGCAUGAGACGCAUCCUACCAUACCAGAGGAUCGCGACUCGGCCAACUAUUCAAUGGCCUCCGACCAGGAUUGCGGCUUGUAUGUGACGGCCCAGCUGCACUAGGAUGGCAAAUUCAACUUCCGGCUUAUCUACCAUACUAUGAACUUAGACUUGCUGCAAGAAGCAUGGCAAAACCCUUAACUGUUUUUAGUUUAAGUUAAAGUCUGAUUGCACUAUGACAUAGAUAGAAGAAGAAUAUCUAACUAAGACCUAUAUCGUAGUGAAAUCGGAUCAUAGACACCUACCCAUAUCGCUCUAAGUUAGCCUCUCGGUUUUUGUACAGCUCCGGGCCCCAAGAGAAGUCAUAGCAAAUCCACUAAUCUUCCAAAGGAUCAGCUGGUUACCGAAUCCUAAAUGAAUUAACUUAAACUUCUUUUGCUUUGCCUUGACGAUGAUCCACUCAAGUACGUAGCGCUAACUGCCACUCAUGAUGACCCACGAAAGAUACAUAAGAAACAAAAAUUAAACCCCUUAACUUAUCUACAUCUAAACUAAAACUACAUCUACGGCUAAAACUAAAACUAAAACUAAAUCUAAAUCUAAAUCUAAAUAUAUAUAUAUUUAUAUUUAUAUUUAUACAUGCUAUGCUCGUAUACAAUGUGUAAGAUAAUAAGCUAAUCGUGUUUAAGUAAUCAAUGUAAACUAAAGUUUAUCAUAUCAUAUAUGAAUGAAUAUCGGAUA